GUCUGACCUUCUAAUAUAAAUCGGAAGGGUGAGGAGUCAGAGUUCGUCAGAGAACAGGAACCCAAUGAUUCCCAUAUGCCCAGUAGUCUCCUUCACCUAUGUGCCCAGCCGGCUAGGUGAAGAUGCCAAAAUGGCCACCGGCAACUACUUUGGAUUCCCCCAUGGUGCCGCGCAGUACAGUCAGCAGCCCACGGCCGGGGUAGCCUACACCCACCCCACCACGGUGGCCAGCUACACGGUGCACCAGGCCCCGGUGGCGGCCCACACCGUGGCGGCUGCGUACGCGCCCGCGGGGGCCACGGUGGCCAUGGCUCGGCCGGCUCCGGUGGCGGUGGCAGCGGCGGCCACGGCCGCGGCCUACGGGGGGUACCAGCCCACGCACACCGCCGCCGACUACGCCUACGCCCAGCGGCAGCAGGAGGCUCCGCCCCCGCCCCCGCCCGUCACCACGCAGAACUACCAGGACACCUAUUCGUAUGUGCGGUCCACAGCCCCCGCCGUAGCUUAUGACACUAAACAGUACUACCAGCAGCCUACGGCUACGGCGGCUGUGGCCACUGCUGUCGCGCAGCCACAACCCUCUGUGGCUGAGUCCUACUAUCAGACAGGUACGCUUAGCACAUCCUGGGAGUCAACAUGGAAGAAAAGUCUCCAAGCUCCAAAGACGAGUUAUAGCCAAGGGGCCACAGCGUACACACAGAGCCAGCAGACGCGUCAGGUUACAGCCAUAAAGCCAGCCGUGCCCAGCCCCGCCACCUCCACCUUCUCCAUCUACCCCGUGUCCUCCACCGUGCAGCCGGCCGCCGCUACGGUGGUGCCGUCAUAUUCCCAGAGCCCCACCUACAGCACCGCCGCCGUCACCUACUCGGGCACGUCGUACUCCGGAUACGAGGCGGCCGUGUACUCUGCUGCUUCGUCCUACUACCAGCAACAACAGCAGCAGCAGCAGCAGCAACAGCAGCAGCAGCAGCAGAAGCAGGCCGUGGCAGCAGCAGCAGCCACUGCGGCCUGGACCGGCAGCACCUUCACCAAGAAGACCCCCUUCCAGAACAAGCAGCUCAAACCCAAGCAGCCCCCCAAACCCCCCCAGAUUCACUACUGCGAUGUGUGCAAGAUCAGCUGCGCCGGGCCUCAGACGUACAAGGAGCACCUGGAGGGGCAGAAGCACAAGAAGAAGGAGGCCGCGCUGAAGGUGUCCCAGAGCGGCAGUGCGGGGGGCUCGGGCGGGGCCUCCAGCACCAGCUCGGCCCGGGGCACUCAGAACCAGCUGCGCUGUGAGCUGUGCGACGUCUCCUGCACAGGGGCCGACGCCUACGCCGCACACAUCCGCGGGGCCAAACACCAGAAGGUGGUGAAGCUGCACACCAAGCUUGGGAAGCCCAUCCCUUCCACCGAGCCCAGUGUGGUCACCCAGACGCCCACGGCCACCACCGCUGCCCCCAGCAAGGCCGCUGGGCCUGCGGUCAGCAGCGUGACGAGCAGCAGCGCGGCCACGCCCGCCUCCUCCUACCUGAAACCCGUCAACCUCGUGGGCGGGGCCUCCACCGCCGCGGGGCAGGCCAAGGGCCCCAGCCCUGUCGCUCCACCCACCGGCUCUUCAGCCAUCAAGAAGGUGAACACACCCAAGAUCAAUUUCGUAGGGGGAAAUAAACUGCAGACCACGGGUUCUAAGGCAGAGGACGUGAAGGCUGUUCAGCCCCUGCUGACCACCCAGACCCAGGAGGCCAAGGCUGAUCCUGUCGCCGAGUCUCUGUCCACACAGUCUGCUCUCGCAGCCCUGCAGAGCGACGUCCAGCCCGUCGGCCAUGACUACGUGGAAGAGGUACGCAACGAUGAAGGCAAAGUUAUCCGAUUCCACUGCAAGCUGUGUGAAUGUAGCUUUAAUGAUCCAAAUGCUAAAGAGAUGCAUUUGAAGGGACGGAGACACCGCCUGCAAUAUAAGAAAAAGGUGAACCCUGACCUCCAGGUGGAGGUGAAGCCCAGUAUCCGUGCUCGGAAGAUCCAGGAGGAGAAGAUGCGGAAGCAGAUGCAGAAGGAGGAGUACUGGAGGAGGCGCGAGGAGGAGGAGCGCUGGAGGAUGGAGAUGAGGCGCUAUGAGGAGGACAUGUACUGGCGUCGCAUGGAGGAGGAGCAGCACCACUGGGACGAGCGCCGCAGGAUGCCUGACGGAGGCUAUCCCCCGGGCCCCCCGGGGCCGCCUGGCCUGCUGGGGGUCCGGCCUGGCCUGCCUAUUCCACAACCACAGGGACCUGUGCCACCCCGUCGCCCUGACUCCUCAGAUGACCGAUAUGUGAUGACCAAACAUGCUGCUAUCUACCCCGUGGAGGAUGAGCUCCAGGCCAUCCAGAAAAUCGUUUCCAUCACGGAACGAGCACUCAAACUGGUGUCCGACAUCAUCACCGACCAGGAGAAGGGGAAGGGGAAAGAUGAGGAAAAGGAUAAAGAUAAGGAUGUCCAGAGAGACAGGGCUCUUAAAGGUGUGAUGAGGGUGGGAGUACUGGCCAAGGGCCUCCUCCUCCGGGGGGACAAGAAUGUCAGCCUGGUCCUGCUCUGCUCUGAAAAACCCACCAAGAGCCUUCUUGCAUCCAUUGUGGAACACCUCCCCAAACAGCUCACGAUGGUGACUCCGGAGAAGUACGAAGUGAAGGCCUCCAUCCCGGAAGCGGCCAUCAUCCUGACUUCCUGCGGUGACUCCAAGAUGGAAGUGACCAUUACGCUGACCUCGCCCACCAUCCGGGAGGAGAACGCGCGGGAUGGAGAUGUAACCUCGGGUUUGGUGAAAGACCCAGCGGACGUCUUGGACAGGCAAAAAUGCCUUGACGCUCUGGCUGCUCUACGCCACGCUAAGUGGUUCCAGGCUAGAGCAAACGGACUUCAAUCCUGUGUGAUUAUCAUUCGCAUUCUGCGCGAUCUCUGUCAGCGUGUUCCCACAUGGUCUGCCUUCCCUAGCUGGGCCAUGGAGCUGCUUGUUGAGAAGGCCAUAUCUAGUGCUUCAGGCCCCUUGAGCCCUGGAGAUGCACUGAGGAGAGUCUUUGAAUGCAUUUCUUCUGGAAUUCUGCUGCCAGGUGGCCCGGGGUUGGUAGACCCCUGUGAGAAGAAUUCAACGGACACCUUGGGUGCCAUGACCGAGCAGCAGAGAGAGGACAUCACAUCCAGCGCUCAGUUCGCACUCCGGCUGCUCGCCUUCCGCCAGAUCCACAAAGUCCUGGGCAUGGACCCGCUGUCCCAGAUGAACCCGCGCUUCAGCGUGCGCAACAACCGCAAGCGCCGGCGCGAGAGCAGCGAGGGCCCGGACGGCUGCGAGGGCGAGGGCAAGAAGGACAAGAAGGACUACGACGGCCAGGAGACGCACUGAGACUAGCCUUGCUUUCGUUUCCGUUUCAUCAGUAUACAUUUUAGUUGUGAUCUCUUUAGUGUACUGUACUUGUUCUAGACCUCCCAGUUUUGUUUUAUAACCGUUAAGCAGGUCUGCCAGACUGCUGCUAGCCUGGGUAUUACCAAAAUUCCAUGUCAAUGUCUGUGCUGUACUGUGUAGUUUUGGCUUCAGAAUGAUCUGAACAGUGGGUCAAGUGCAUUCAACGUUGCUAAAGCCGAUUACCCUAUAGGCUACCUAUUGGGUACGAUACUGUAGGAUUAUCUGCAAUAAGGCUCUGCCACAGCCUCCUGUUAACUCUGGAGCAUUUUUUGUUUUCAAUUGGGGGUAAGUGGGGAAUUCUCUCAACAAUAAAAUCUUAAACUAAAGGUUGAGCAAUUAUAUUAGUCAGGUAUUUAUUCAUAAAAAAACCUGAUUAACAAUACAUGCUUGUAAGAAUAUAUAUAUAUUUUUUAAACAAGGUCAACUUAUUUCAGUCUAGCCAGUAUAAUGCACCCAACUUGGAAUCAUAAAACCAUUUCUCAAAGUAAUGCAAUGUUCCACUUGUCAGAUCUCAUGCCAAAUGCUUUUGCAGGUUGCCCACGGCAUUGUAUUAAGCUGUCACUUAUUGCAGAGACAUUUGUGUUUGUACUUAUAAUUCCAUACCUUGGAUCUAAUUUAAACAUUUUAAAGUUUAAGCUGUCAGCAUUUUAUUUUGACAAUAACAUGCAUGACCUUUUUUUUUUUUUAGUUUUUUUUUUUUUUACGUGGACCGUCUUAUUUACUGAUUGAAGAGUAAUGCCUGGCAUUUAGCCCUGAAUCUAAUACUGCAUAGUGUCUAAAUCUAAAGAGGAAAUGAUGGUAGAAAAUUGUGAGCCUGUGACAACUGCGUGUCCACUCCAGUGUUGUAGCUGUGGUUUUCAAUGUACAUCCAUUUUCUCAGUGAUGGUCAUUUGCUCUGUAUUACUGCUUUACAGUGGGCAGAAUAAAACCAUUCCAGAUUGAAA